GAAAGCAGUGAGUCCCGGGAUUCGCCUUUGGAGAGGGAAUCGCGUUAGGGAUUCUCAGUGGAGGAAAGUUUUUGUCUUGUUUAUGUUUGGAGGAAGAGAAGCAGUCUCGCAGUUGGAUUUUUUUUGAGGGGGUAGGGGAUUGAUGUGGGUAAUUUUUUUCAAAGGUUUUGAGGGGGUGAUGUGGGAAGUUUGCGGCAGAGUUUGAAGAAAGGUUUUUUUCCCCCUUUUUUUUGCACAUCCAGAUUAGUUUCCUUCAUCAUGGCGAGAGGGGGAGCUGGACUUACCGUGGGGUUGUGUGUAUGGGUGCCCCGCUCACUGAGCUCCCUGCUGCUGCCGCUGCCGCCGGCCUUGCUAGUCCUGGUCCUGCUCCUGCUCCAGCUCCAGCUCCCUGUCGCUGCUGCCGCCUCCGAAACCGGAGACUUCUCCAUCCUGGACGAGGCGCAAGUUCUCGCGAAUCAGAUGCGCGUCCUGGCUACCAGGGAGCUCGGAGUCUUCAACAUGCAGACAAUCUACAACUCAUUUGUGUACACAGAAAAAAUUUCCAAUGGAGAAUCAGAAGUCCAACAGUUGGCUAAAAAGAUAAGAGAGAAGUUUAAUCGCUAUCUCGAUGUGGUGAAUCGUAACAAGCAGGUGGUUGAAGCAUCCUACACAGCUCAUUUGACAUCGCCAUUGACAGCCAUCCAAGACUGCUGCACAAUUCCUGCUUCAAUGAUGGAGUUUGAUGGGAAUUUCAAUGCUAACGUUUCAAAAACCAUCAGCUGUGACAGGCUUUCCACAACUGUCAGUAGUCGAGCGUUCAAUCCUGGCCGGGACCUAAACACAGUUCUUGCUGACAACUUCAAGUCAAACCCUGGUAUAAAGUGGCAAUACUUCAGCUCAGAAGAAGGGAUUUUCACCAUUUUCCCAGCACACAGGUUUCGCUGCAAAGGUGGUUAUGAACAUCGAAGUAGGCCUGUUUACGUCUCUACUGUGAGACCCCAAUCAAAACAUAUUGUGGUGGUGGUGGACCAUGGAGCUUCAGCUACAGACACACAACUUCAAAUAGCCAAAGAUGCUGCGCAAGUAAUACUAACUUCAAUUGACGAACAUGACAAGAUUUCUGUGCUGGCUGUGGCAGACACAGUCCGAACAUGCUCAUUAGACCAGUGUUACAAGACAUACUUGUCUCCAGCCACCAGUGAGACAAAAAGGAAAAUGGCCACGUUCCUUAGCAACAUUAAAGCGGUGGAUGGUGCCACCCAGCAUGCAUUGGGCUUUCACAAAGCUUUCCAGUUACUUCAGAACACAAACAACAACACCAGGGUCCAUACAUCCACUGACAUGGUGAUAAUCUACCUGUCAUCUGGUAUCACCUCAAAGGACUCCUCUGAAGAAGAGAAGAAGGCAACACUAAGUGUUAUCAGUGAGGAAAAUGGGCAUCUCAACAACUCUGUGAUGAUCUUGACAUAUGCACUCAUGAAUGAGGGUGUAACUGGUUUGAAGGAGCUAGCCUUUCUUCGAGAUCUGGCAGAACAGAACUCAGCAAAAUAUGGAGUUCCUGAUCACACAUCACUUCCUGUUAUAAAAGGGACAAUGAUGGUAUUGAACCAGUUGAGUAACCUGGAGACCACAGUAGGACGCUUUUACACAAACCUUCCAAAUCGAAUGAUAGAUGAGGCUGUGUUUAGUCUCCCAUACACUGAUGAAAUGGGUGAUGGAUUGAUCAUGACUGUCAGUAAGCCCUGCUAUUUUGGAAACAUGCUACUGGGAAUUGUGGGAGUGGAUGUGAACUUGGCUUACAUUCUGGAGGAUGUAACUUAUUAUCGUGAGUCUUCAGCCUCCUACACGUUCUUAAUUGAUAAUAAAGGCUACACUCUUAUGCAUCCGUCCUUGACAAGGCCAUACCUGCUAACAGAGCCACCACUUCAUACUGAUAUCAUACACUAUGAAAAUAUUCCAAGAUUUCAACUCGUCAGGCAGAACAUUCUUAGCCUCCCUUUGGGCAGCCAGGUUAUUACCGUGCCUGUAAACUCCUCCUUGUCUUGGCACAUAAACCGGUUACGGGAAACCAGCAAAGAGGCCUACAAUGUCAGCUAUGCCUGGAAAUUGGUCCAGGACACAUCCUUUAUUCUGUGUAUAGUAAUGGUACAGCCCGAGGUACCAGUUAAACAUCUGAAAAAUUUGAACACAGCACCAAGCAGUAAGCUUCUUUAUCAUAGAUUGGAUCUACUGGGCCAGCCUGCCUCUUGCCUGCAUUUUAAGCAAUUGGCGACACUGGAAAGUCCCACAGUCAUGCUGUCUGCAGGCAGCUUCUCAUCUCCAUUUGAACACCUGAGUCAAGCAGAGACCAAACGCAUGGUGGAACACUAUACUGCUUACCUGAGUGACAACACACGUCUCAUCGCCAAUCCAGGACUCAAAUCCUCUGUCAGAAACGAAGUCAUGGCUACCAGUCACGUAACAGAUGAAUGGAUGUCACAAAUGGAAAUUGGUAUCCUGAACAGUUACAUUGUUCGGCGUUACAUAGCAACGCCCAAUGGGGUGCUCCGGAUUUACCCUGGUUCUCUCAUGGAUAAAGCAUUUGAUCCCACCAGGAGACAGUGGUAUCUCCAUGCAAUGGCUAACCCAGCUCUGAUUACCUUUACUGGCCCAUACCUUGAUGUUGGAGGAGCAGGUUAUGUGGUGACUCUCAGCCACACUAUUCAUUCUUCCAGAUCGCUGUCAGCACCAGGACAUGCUGUAGCUGUGAUGGGUGUUGACUUUACUCUACGAUACUUCUAUAAGGUUCUUUUGGAUUUAUUACCCAUCUGCAAUCAAGAUGGAGGCAACAAAAUCAGGUGCUUUAUUAUGGAGGAUAAAGGUUAUCUCCUGGCACAUCCAACGUUGAUUGACCCCAAAGGACAUGCUCCAGUGGAGCAACAACAUAUCACCCACAAGGAACCGCUUGUGGCUAAUGACAUUCUAAACCAUCCAAAUUUUGUGAAGAAAAACCUUUGCAACAGCUUCAGUGACCGGACAGUGCAACGAUUCUACAAGUUUAACACCAGCAUUGUAGGUGAUUUGACCAACCUUGUCCAUGGUAGCCAUUGUUCAAAAUACCGAUUAACGAGGAUUCCUGGCACCAAUGCAUUUCUUGGAAUUGUUAAUGAAACAUGUGAUGCACUUGCUUUCUGUGCCUGCAGUAUGGUGGACAGACUUUGCCUGAACUGUCACAGGAUGGAACAGAAUGAGUGCGAGUGCCCUUGUGAAUGCCCCCUGGAGGUGAAUGAAUGUACUGGCAACUUGACCAAUGCUGAAAGCAGUCUACAGGAAAGCCUCCCUCAGUGCAUUAACACCAGAUGCAGCCAAAGGACAUCGAGCGGAGAUUGUUUUGGCGUUUUGGAUUGUGAAUGGUGUAUGGUGGAUAGUGAUGGAAAAACGCAUCUGGCUGAACCAUAUUGUGCUUCCCAGAAAGAAUGCUUUGGAGGAAUUGUGGGAGCCAAGAGCCCAUAUAUAGACGACAUGCCUGCUCUGGGAGAUGAGGUCAUAGCACUGAACAUGAUCAAAAGUGCCCCAGUUGGACCUGUGGCUGGUGGGAUCAUGGGGUGCAUCAUGGUGCUUGUUCUGGCUGUGUAUGCUUACCGACACCAGAUCCAUCGGAGGAGUCACCAGCACAUGUCCCCCCUUGCUGCGCAAGAAAUGUCUGUGCGAAUGUCCAACCUAGAAAAUGAUCGAGACGAGAGAGAUGAAGAUAGUCACGAAGACCGAGGCAUCAUCAGUAACACAAGAUUUAUAGCGGCCGUGAUAGAACGACAUGCACAUAGUCCAGAACGCAGGCGCCGCUACUGGGGAAGAUCAGGAACAGAGAGCGAUCACGGAUAUAGUACCAUGAGCCCUCAAGAGGACAGUGAGAAUCCACCAUGCAAUAAUGACCCUUUAACUGCUGGGGUGGAUGUUGGGAACCAUGAGGAAGAUUUAGAAUUGGACACUCCACCACAGACUGCUGCUUUGCUAAGUCAUAAAUUUCAUCAUUACCGCCUGCACCACCAUCCGUCUCUCCAUCACAGCCACCACCUACAAGCAGCAGUUACAGUCCACACUGUAGAUGCAGAAUGCUGAACCACUUUUGCUCCCCUUUCACCGGAACCUACAGCUGCAAAAUUACAAGCACUCUUUUUAAAUCAUUAGUCUUCGAGUCAGAUGGUGAACACGUUUCCUGGAUUUCUAAGGAAAGUCAAAAACCAUCAAAGCAACUCAAUGGGAAUUGUAAAAGCACAUCUCAGAUUUUUUAAAUAAAGGAUUAUUUUUCUACUAUUUAUUGAACUUUUUAAACAGACAGCCACCAUAGGAAGCAAUUUAUUUUAAAAAGAUCUGACUAGAACAUUGAUCUGAUGUGUUGUUCCUAUUGCUGAUAAUACAGAAGAACAUAUCGAUGAAGAUUGAAUAAAGCUACAUAAGAAGUAACUAAGAAUUAUACCUGAACCCAUGGAGAAAGUGAAAUUUGUAAAGGCAUUAUGUUUGAUCGCUCGAGCUCCAUAAAUUUUUCGGACGAGAGGUAUUACUAACUUUUUGUUUAAGGUCACAAUCUUAAACACGGUCUUGCUUCAGGGUCACUUGAAAAUAUAUCAAGAGAUGCAGAUGUGUAAAUUUUCUCCCAUGCAGAGGGACCCUGACUUCAAUUAUGCCACUAUGUGAACUUGAUAGAGGGCAGCUACUUUUCCACAGGAAGAAAAAUAAAUCAUUGGGCCAGUGGGUUUAAUUUUAAUAAUACAUCUGCUUGUGUAGAACAUGGGAGAGACCUGCCUCUUAACUGAAUUCCCAAGCCACCAUUUUAAAAAGUAGAAGUGGGAGAGUAGAACCAGAUCCCAGCAUAGUCCAUAACCCACAUCUGGGAAGGUUGUGAAUGGAGCCCUGGGGUCUAUGCAUAAUUUCUACUCAGGAUAAUAGGUGAGGACAAAGUCUUGGCACAAAUAUCCUCUGGGCGAUCAGAUUAAGUACUACUGUUUGAACUAAAGAGGUAAAGGAUAUCUAUAGCUGGCAUUAUAAAAUGGCAAUGUUACGAGAUCAGUCUGGAAUGAGAUUCUGUUAUGGAAUGUUAGUGUUAAAUAUUUGUGAUGAAGUGGAAUGUUUUGAAAUACCAGAGCUUUCAUUCAACUUCACAGCUCGGAGAUGAAGUUGAUCAUAGGCAAGCAUGACCUGAAGAACAAUCAAUGCUGCAAAUAAGUUUUUUUUAAUUAAAGUAACUGUGUGUUCUAUAUAGAUUAACUUCUUUAGUGGUCUUUUCUCUUUCAGUCAGAUGUGAUUUUACACUUAAUAUAAAAAAAAUGCUGCUGAUGAUUACAUGAAGUUUAAGAAAGGGGAGAUAAGUCGUAAAUACAAUACACACUCUCAAAUGGAUCUCCCUAAAAAAAAGUUUAUGAAAUUGUAAAGUUAAAUUUUUUUAUUUUUAUGGUUACAGUUGCUAAAAUUUAAAGUGAUAAUUAUUUGUAUUCAUGCGUUUUAACUGUAAAUUCAUAUUAAACAAUUAAAAUCUUAGAAAAUAGAAUUUACUCAUUGUCAAUGAUAUAGUUCAAGCCUAAAAUUAA